UUCUCACCACAUCCAUGCGCAAAAGUUCAUAAAUUCAUAACCCAUACAAUCCCAUUAUUAAUAUACAUCUUAAAGCAGCCGCUGGUGUGAGCACAGACCGGGGGGACCGGGUCCUGCAGGACUACAGGCACGGAGGGCGCAGCGCUCCGGGGUCCAGGCUGCUGCGUGUUGGCUGCGCGUAAAGACCCUACAGGAGAUUCGGGGGAUUUUAUGGGGCGGAUUGCUUCCAAUCAAACCCCCCAAAAACACGGAGCAGCAGCUAGAUAUAUACCACUUGUUCGUUCUGCUUCUCCAGGCAUCAGCACCGUGCUGUCGAAGUGUUCCUACCCCCACCGCGGUAGAGUCCGGCAUGUCCGAGAGGGAGAGCGCUGGACCCCGCGGCUCCGAGGCAUCGACACCGGCGACUCCCGCGUAUCAGAUGGUGCCGAGAACAUGGCGCGGACUCUCUGGACCCUCGCGUGCUUCCUCUCGUUGGUUCACUGUGGCGGCUGUGCCGACUCGGAGGAGCGACUCGUGAACUGGCUGCUGGGGAAGGAUCGCUACAACCCGCUCAUCCGCCCGGCGGUCAGCCGGACCGAGAGAGUCCCGGUGAAGCUGCAGGUGUCUCUGGCUCAGCUCAUCAGCGUGAAUGAAAGAGAGCAGAUCAUGACCACCAAUGUGUGGCUCACUCAGCACUGGGUGGAUUACAGAUUAUCGUGGGAACCCGCAAAGUACGAAGGCAUCGACAAGCUGCGCAUCCCCUCCAGACACAUCUGGCUGCCGGAUAUCGUCCUGUACAACAACGCCGACGGCACCUACGAGGUGACGGUGUUCACCAACGCCAUCGUGCUUUCCAACGGCAGCGUCAACUGGCUGCCGCCGGCCAUCUACAAGAGCGCCUGCAAGAUCGAGGUGAAGCACUUCCCCUUCGACCAGCAGAACUGCACGCUCAAGUUCCGCUCGUGGACCUACGACCACACGGAGAUCGACCUGAUCCUGAAGUCGGCGGCGGCGAGCAUGGACGACUUCACCCCGAGCGGCGAGUGGGACAUCCUGGCGUUGCCGGGCCGACGGACGGUCAGCGCCCUGGACCCCACCUACGUGGACCUGACGUACGACUUCAUCAUCAAGAGGAAGCCGCUCUUCUACACCAUCAACCUCAUCAUCCCCUGCGUGCUCAUCACCUCGCUCGCCAUCCUGGUCUUCUACCUGCCGUCGGACUGCGGCGAGAAGAUCACCCUCUGCAUCUCCGUGCUGCUGGCGCUCACCGUCUUCUUGCUCCUGAUCUCCAAGAUCGUGCCGCCCACCUCGCUGGACGUGCCGCUGAUCGGCAAGUACCUGAUGUUCACCAUGGUGCUGGUGACCUUCUCCAUCGUCACCAGCGUGUGCGUGCUGAACGUGCACCACCGCUCGCCCAGCACCCACAGCAUGCCUCCGUGGGUCAAGCUGGUGUUCAUCGUCAAGCUGCCCGCCUUGCUCUUCAUGAGGCGGCCUCGGAACAUCUCCGCGGCUCAGAGGCUGCGCCGGCGCUUCGGGGCGAGGAGAUCCGUCCUGGGUUCGGGUUUCCCGGAUUUCCCCUCGGCGUCCUCCGCCCUGCAGACUUCCCACAGCGUCUUCUCCACAACGGGACACAAGCGCGGCGGACACGGCCACCCCAACAGGAAGGGGCACUCGCGCUCCGCCGACUUCAUCCCCGGGGGCUUCGCCGCCUUCGCCCAGGACCUCGGGCGGAAAAGCCACGCGGACUGGGCCGCCGACGUCCAGGAGGCGGUGGACGGCGUGCUCUUCGUGGCGGAGCACAUGAUGGGAGACGACGACGACCAGAGCGUGAUCGAUGACUGGAAGUACGUGGCCAUGGUGGUGGACCGGAUGUUCCUGUGGAUCUUCGUGAUCGUGUGCGUGACGGGCACGCUGGGCUUAUUCCUGCAGCCCGUCUUCCAGACUCAGAUUGUUCCCAAUCAGCCGCCCAACUCAGAGGCUACAACAACAAAAUAGCAUCUGCAGGCCUGCAGCACAUUUUUGUUGUCGUUUGCUUAAAGCCUGUAGAACCGUACUAGUGGGGCCGAAAAGCAGUGACAUCAUCGUCCUCUAUUCCGAACCCCGUCAUUAAAGCAUCUGAGAAGUUAAAGCAGACAAAAAAAAAGUACUAGCAACCCCUCACUGUGUGUUUCGGUGGAGCAGAGGUAGAUCGAAUGUCUCGUAAUAAUCUUAAACCACGACGUCCCGACAGCAAUACAACCAUCAUAUGUUGAGGAAACGGGACGUCUGCAAUAGAAGUAGCAAUGAUGUCAUCCCCUGAGGAACACGCGUCUGCGGUCUGUCGGCCAUAUUUGUGUUUAAGUUCCGUUACCGUGUCACGGAGAUGUGAUGUGUGAUUAAAGAAUGAAUAAUGUCUUCUUUCA